UAUAUAUAUUCCCCUCCAUCCCUUGCGUUUUAAGUUUCAAGAGCCGUCACCGCGUAGAAUACCAAAGAAGAUUGUAGAAAAAACAACCUAGAGCGAGUGUGAAAAAGCUCAAAAACUAGUUUAUUACCUUCAAGGUGAAAAGUUCAAAAAAUGACAGCAUCGGAGUUACAGCUACCACCUGGAUUCCGAUUCCAUCCAACCGACGAAGAGCUUGUGAUGCACUAUCUUUGCCGUAAAUGUGCAUCGCAGUCCAUCGCCGUGCCGAUUAUCGCUGAAAUCGAUCUUUACAAAUACGAUCCUUGGGACCUUCCAGAUUUGGCGUUGUACGGAGAGAAAGAAUGGUAUUUUUUCUCCCCGAGGGAUAGGAAAUAUCCGAACGGUUCACGGCCUAACCGGGCAGCUGGUUCUGGGUACUGGAAGGCAACCGGAGCUGACAAACCGAUUGGGCAGCCGAAGCCGGUCGGGAUUAAGAAGGCUUUGGUGUUUUACGCUGGGAAGGCACCUAAAGGAGAGAAAACCAAUUGGAUUAUGCACGAGUAUCGGUUAGCUGACGUUGACCGAUCAGCUCGCAAGAAGAACAGUUUAAGGUUGGACGAUUGGGUGCUUUGCCGGAUUUAUAACAAGAAAGGCGCCAUCGAGAAACAGCCACCGCAAGGAAGCAUUGGCAAAAGCUCUGCUGUGACGGAGAUUGAAGACAAGAAGCCGGAUAUAGCGACACUUGGCGUGGACACGCGCCAUCUGCCCCCGCCUCCUACGGGGUUAGUUAACGAUUACGUGUACUUCGACACGUCGGAGUCGGUUCCUAGACUCCACACGGACUCAAGCUGUUCGGAGCACGUGGUGUCACCGGAGUUCACGUGCGAGGUUCAAAGCGAGCCGCAAUGGAAGGACUGGGGAAGUGCUACCAACACCACCACCACCAAUGCCCUUGACUUCCCUUAUAAUUACAUGGAUGCCACUGUUGAUAACGGGUUUCCUGCCCAUUUCCAGAGUAAUAAUCAGCUGUCCCCGCUCCAGGACAUGUUCAUGUACCUGCAGAAGCCAUUUUAGACGGGGAAAAAAUAAAAUAAAAAGGGGUUAUAUUGUUGGAAGUCAAAACGGUGAUGGUGAACUGCGUUUCAGGGUUACACGAGACUGAAAGUCUAUGAGUGUAACUGAGAAGGGUUGCGCACAGAUUAAAUAACGAAUUGAAAAAUUGAAAUUGAUAAUAUUGCAGUAAGGUAGGGGGAGCUGUUGGAUUUUUGCAGAUGGGAAUGGAUGGACGGUGGAAGUUGGAUCUUAUGCAAUCUAGAAAAGUAGAGAUUAGAAUAGGCAUGUGUACAGAUAAUCUGUGAUCACGUGUUUAGGGGUGUGUGUACAUGAUAAAUGGGUGUGGGGGAAGAAAAGUUCAAAAAACAAAGUUUUGGGAGGGUCUUUUUACUUUGAAGGCUUUCCACAAAAUUCUUGUAUUUUGUAGUAGAAAAUAGAUUCCAUAAUUUCUUUCAAAA